AUGCCGAAGACAAUGAGUGAUGACGCUAAAGAUAUAAUUUUAAAUGUUUUGGGAUUUAUGAGAGAAGAAAAGCGGAUCCAAUCGCUGUUGAUACCAUUAGUAAGAUUAUUUGAUCGUGUAGCAGCGGCUACAGGAGUAAGUCAGACAUCAGUACGUCGUUUGGUUAAGGAAAGGGAUCAGGCAAAUGAAUCACUCAAAGUUUCUGCUAAGAGGGUGUCUGGAAUAAGAGAUUCUGACACAGAAAAAUCUACCCCAGGGAAAAGAAGAGUAAGUGCAAGUUCAUAA